CAGGUUUUCAAGACGCACUCUACGCAACUCAACCACCAUUCCACCAAAUUCAAUAGAAGGAGCUCGUAUCAACUAGAUAUUCUUGGACGCGCAUAUACCAACUUCAUUCAACUGUCAGCUAUUACUGGUGUUGUCAAGCCGUUUUUCUGUGAAUUUUGCAGACCUCCGUUGCAAGAACCACACUAACAGACUGUAUCUGUCGCCACAGGCGACCAUAACCGGAUUUCCCAUUUAUUGGGUCACUGAUGAUCGGAUAAGCUGGUGUGGUCGACCCUGCAAGGGCCUCCAGUGGAAUCGUGCAGAAUCGGCCUGUUCGGGAUGGAGAACUGCACAACCACGACAUUAACCACAUGGGCCGAUGCUGAUCGAUGUCAGCGCGGAGAAACAUGUGCUGGGUGGUCCAAUCAUGCGCUUGGUUAUGGAGAAAAGAGGCUGACCAAGGCCUCGGAAAGGUUACCUGAGAUCGCUGCUACCAACGUUAGUCUAUCAGCCAAGCGGUGCCACGGAAUACGAUACGAGACAUUCCACUAAAAGACUUUACCCAUUGGGCACGCUGCUGUGAAGAUGGGCCCUCGGCUGAGGUGCUAGGUGAGGAUCUUGACGAUCCUGCAGUGACACCAGCAAGACAGGUUAACCGCCUAGUGAUAUAAAUGUCGGGUCGCUGCCCUCUGCUUUGUGUCCGAUGGUGGUAGAACCGAAAUCAUCACCAGAAUCUCACUCAUCGAUCUUAGCCAUGAUGAAACUCACUCUCCUCAGCGCGGCUCUUCUUGCCUUCGGCGACAGCGCCGUAAACGCCUUGAGUAGCUGUGGACAGUCACAGUACGAUCCUGCUCAGUACGUCUGCUGGAGCGAUCAGUUCCUCUGCCCCAUCACGGCUGGCGAGCCCCUCUCCUUCUGCAACGGAGCGUGCUAUAGCAAGUUCAUGUACAAGUGCGAGAACAACGUCCUGAGCUUGCUGCCCGCUCACACUGGGACACCCUUCACCCUCAGCGUGUCGAACCCGACUUUGCCUAUCGACGGCAAGCCUGUGACUGCCAGCGGUCAGCACUUGAGCCUUGCAGGCAACACUAGCACCUACUGCCCCGUCGAGGUGGUUGGUGCCGCGUGUCCUCCUGGCAACAUCACGGCUUUUUUCGCCGGCAACGGUGGCCUCUCCAUGGACACCAUGGUUCCCGGCGGACAGCUAGCCUAUCUUGGACCGGACUGGAACAUGCACUACACCCAAGCUCACUCGGCCUACAUUCCUGCGGGCAGCCUAACCCAGGGCUUCGGUGCGUACGAGGGUGGUGGCUUCGUCAAUCUGAACGGUAAUGGCUGGGGCUGGGUUGCUUGCCCUCCUCAGGCCUCUGGCGGUGGCGGCACUGCGUGGAACCUGGUGGGAAGAAACGAAACGAACGCGGCUAGCUUGACCGCCUGCACUCCUGUCAAUCUCAAGAUCAACCCUCUCCCGUCCGGAACUGUUGGUGCUUGGCAGUAUACCUGAGUGUAGAUUCCCGAAUGCCGUCCUAUAGGGGAAGAACGCUGAUUGAGCAACGGAGGGGCCGUGUAGAUAGUUGUAAUAAUACGUCAUUCUGUACCACGAGAUCUACGAUUGUGUUCGUGUAAUGUUACUCGUGGAGUUAGUGAUUACGGACACGACGCGUGGUGGUCGGCAUAUAGUAGCAUACAUACGUACACCGAGCUCGCUACUGUCUCGGAACUGUCGAUGAGAGGACGGAACAUUAGUGACGGUUCGAAUGUUUUGAUAGUCUCGCAACGAAUGGCUCUUGGACUUACAGUAUAGACGCGAAGGAGUUGAGACAACUAAUUUCUUCCUCUCCUCUCACCGCCACA